AUGAGAGGCGGCGAGCACAGAACCACCAUGAAAAAGAUUUACAUUGGCAAGACCGCCCUCAAAGUCUCCCGCAACGGAGCCAAGCACCAGAAGAAGAGCUCCCUGCUGGAGCAGAAGGAGGACCUGCGGAAGCGGCUGUCCUUCACCACCCACAAGCUGGAGCUCCUGGAGAGCGAGUUCGACUCCACGCGGCAGUACCUGGAGACGGAGCUGCGCCGCGCCCAGGAGGAGCUCGACAAGUUCACCGACAAGCUGCGCAGAAUACAGAGCAGCUACUCGGCAUUGCAGAGGAUCAAUCAAGAUCUGGAGGAAAAGAUUCACAGAAAUACCCAGCACCACGACGAUGAGAAGCGGGCCCUGAGCAGGGAGAUCAUCGUCCUCAACAACCACCUGAUCGAGGCCAAGCUCACCAUAGAGAAGCUGCAGGAGGACAACGAGCUGUACAGGAAGGACUGCAACCUGGCCGCCCAACUGCUCCAGUGUAACAAGGCUGUGUACCGGGCCCAGCUCUCUGAGCUGCCUGCAGACCUUCAGCAGCGGGUCACCCUGCACCUGGAGGAGUCCUCUCUCGGCCACCCCUCCUACGCCGACUCCGUCCCCGGCUCCGUCAUCGCCGAAGCGCUGGAGAAGGCCGACGAGGCCUGUAGCAGCAGCCAGGCCUCCCACUCGCCUAGCCCGCCACCCCAGGAGCAUGGCUUCCUCAUGGACACCUUGGGCAGGGUGGACCGCCCCCGCUCCGGCCAAGUGCUGGGCCUGGGCUUCGGCCUCCGCGCGGCCUACAAAACUGACCUGUACAGCAGCGACACGGCCCUGUACUGCCCGGACGAGCGGCUCCGGGAGAGGAGGCCCAGCAUGGACCUCCACGGCCAGAGGAAGCUGCUCUACGGGCCCCAGAACUCCAUGGACAGCAACCCGGAGGAGGCCCCGGUGGCGCUGAGGCCCGGCUUCUCCCAGGAGCACUUUGGGGGCAAGUUCCCGGGCUCCAGCACCUACUCCAGUUUCAGCGGGCCAGGCUCGGAGGACAAGGGCGAGGGCCCGCCCAGCAGCGGGGGGUCCUCGCCCCACCACCACUCCCUCUACAUGGAGUGGAGGGACGCCGGCGACUACGAGCGCAAGAGCAACUCCUCCUGGGAGCGGGACAGCCCCGGCGGCUUCUCCAUCGGCGCCCACCCCUUCCAGCAGGCGGAGCUGAGCCACCACCAGCACCCACACCACCAACACCACCAGAACGGCAGCUCGCCCGUGUACAGCCGCACCAUGUCCUCCUGCUUCAGCGAGCCCUACGAGCCGCUGCCGCCCUCCUCCUCCCCCAGCGUGGCCUACGGGGACAGCCGCCGCGGCAGCGCCCUGGCCCCGGGCGAGGCGGAGGAAGAGGAGGAGGAGGAGGAGGAGCUGAUCGGCCGGUGGCGGCAGCUGAGCGUGGAGGACCUGAGCGCCGCCGCGUACCGCAGCCCCGGCCGCGCCUCCCCCUACAGCUUCUCCGAGCAGCACUUCUCGGUGCGGCCCUCCAAGAUCCGCCUGGGCCCGCUGUACAGCAGCUUCCAGGAGGGGGCCGACUACUACCCGCACCAGGGGGCGGCCGACUCAGUGUGGGGUGGCGGCGGCGGCGGCGGCGGCAGCCCCAGCUCGGAGCGCGGCCCCGUGAUGAUGAUGGGCCGGCAGUGCCACAGCGCGCAGGCGCACCUGUACCGCGCCAAGGAGGACAGCCAGGAGUCGGAGAACAGCCUCUACCACUCAGGGAGCUCCAAGGACCUGGAGGGCAGCGUGGGCGGGGCGGGGGCCGUCGGGGCCGGGGAGGAGUACGCCCCGGCCAGCCCCACCAGCUCCGGCGAGUCCCUGAACCGGGGGGCCACGCUGGAGAUGCAGGCGGCCGAGCUGCAGCACUAUCAGGCCGAGAUGCAGCACAACCUCCCGCCGCAGGGGAGCCAGACGUCCCCCCCGCCUCCCCCGCCCCCUCCCCCUUACAGCCAAAAAUUUGGUACCCUGGGACUCUCCAGGAAAGACAGUCUGACCAAGGCCCAGUUGUACGGAACUCUUCUGAACUGA